UCGCGACAAUGAUUAUUUUCUACAAACCAUAAAGAUAUUGGAACCUUAUAUUUUAUUUUUGGAGCCUGAGCAGGGAUAGUAGGUACAUCCUUAAGAAUCUUAAUUCGAGCAGAACUCGGCCAUCCUGGAGCUUUAAUUGGCGAUGAUCAAAUUUAUAAUGUAAUUGUAACAGCUCAUGCAUUUGUAAUAAUUUUUUUUAUAGUUAUGCCUAUUAUAAUUGGGGGAUUUGGUAACUGACUUGUCCCUCUAAUAUUAGGUGCCCCUGACAUAGCUUUUCCUCGAAUAAAUAAUAUAAGUUUUUGACUAUUACCCCCUUCAUUAACUCUAUUAUUAACAAGAAGAAUAGUUGAAACUGGGGCAGGAACAGGAUGAACUGUUUAUCCCCCUCUUUCAAGAAAUAUUGCUCAUGGGGGAGCCUCUGUUGAUUUAGCAAUUUUCUCUUUACAUUUAGCUGGUAUUUCAUCAAUUUUAGGAGCAGUAAAUUUUAUUACAACUAUUAUUAAUAUACGAGCCACAGGGAUUACUCUAGAUCGAAUGCCAUUAUUUGCUUGAUCUGUAGUAAUUACAGCUGUUCUCCUUCUUCUCUCUCUUCCCGUUCUUGCGGGGGCUAUUACUAUACUUCUAACUGAUCGAAAUCUCAAUACUUCAUUCUUUGAUCCUGCAGGAGGAGGAGAUCCAAUUUUAUAUCAACAUUUAUUUUGAUUUUUUGGACAUCCAGAAGUUUAUAUUUUAAUUCUACCAGGAUUUGGAAUAAUUUCUCAUAUUAUUAGAAAUGAAAGUGGAAAAAAGGAAACCUUUGGUACUUUAGGAAUAAUUUAUGCAAUACUAGCUAUUGGAUUAUUAGGAUUCAUUGUUUGAGCCCAUCAUAUAUUUACUGUUGGAAUAGAUGUUGAUACACGAGCAUAUUUCACCUCUGCUACUAUAAUUAUUGCAGUUCCUACUGGAAUCAAAAUUUUUAGUUGAUUAGCAACUAUUCAUGGAUAUCAAUUAACCUAUUCUCCAUCAUUAUUAUGAACUCUUGGGUUUAUUUUUUUAUUUACAGUAGGAGGACUAACAGGAGUUAUUCUUGCUAAUUCCUCUGUAGACAUUAUUCUUCAUGAUACUUAUUAUGUUGUAGCCCAUUUUCACUAUGUUUUAUCUAUAGGAGCUGUAUUUGCAAUUAUAGGAGGAUUUGUCCAUUGAUACCCUUUAUUUUCUGGAUUAACAUUAAACUCAUACCUUCUAAAAAUUCAAUUCUCUAUUAUAUUUUUAGGAGUUAAUUUAACUUUCUUCCCUCAACAUUUUUUAGGUCUAGCUGGAAUACCUCGUCGAUACUCUGAUUAUCCAGAUGCUUAUACUGCAUGAAAUGUGGUAUCUACUAUUGGAUCUUCAAUUUCUCUUGUAGGAAUUUUAUUUUUUAUUUAUAUUAUUUGAAAUAGUAUAACAUCUUAUAACCAAAUUAUUUUCCCUAUUCAAUUAAACUCUUCUAUUGAAUGAUAUCAAAAUAUUCCUCCAGCUGAACAUUCUUAUGCUGAACUUCCUCUUUUAUAUAACUUCUAAUAUGGCAGACUAGU